AUGGCUGCGGAAGAUGCAGCUGCCCGGUCCCGAACCGCCCCUCUCUUCUCCCCAGCCCGGCUGCUGCUCCUCUCUCUCCUCUCCCUCUGCCUAAUCCCCUCCCCGUCCCUCGCCCUGCUCGGCUUCCGUCCGGAGGAGACCGGGGGAGAGCUGUCCGUGGAUGACGGGGUGCUGAAAGCCACCGAGGGAACCCGCUUCAUGCUGCGGGUCUACUACGCCUCAUCCCCGCAGAGGCUCAACCGGACCGCCGGGGCCAGAGCCAACGCAGCUCCCUGGAUAGCCUUCAUCGAGGAGCCGAGGCCGGGGAGAGAGGGGCAGGUCCACCCGAAGCGGAAUAUGUGCAUGGAUAAAAACGCCAGGAGCUCGGAUAUCGAGAUCUUGGGCUCUUUCAAGUCCGCUUCGAGUCAGAACUCCGUGUUGGUGGAAGUAUUGGCUAAGGACCUGCGCAGGGGAGAGAAGAUUAAGUACUAUUCGAUGUGCGCCUUCGACGGGUCCAAAUGGGAACACUACCGGACCCGGGAUUUCUGGGUCGCAGUGGUGGAGCGCGGGGCCGAACCGGACCUCUGGCUUCAGGUGUUAGUAUCGGUUCUGUUGCUCGCCCUCUCGGCGCUCUUCAGCGGGCUGAACCUCAGUCUGCUCGCGUUGGACCCGGUGGAGCUCCAGGUUCUGCAGAACAGCGGCACAGACAAGGAGCAGAAAUACGCGCGGAAAAUCGAGUCAGUGCGGCGGCACGGUAACUAUGUCCUGUGCACUUUGCUGCUGGGCAACGCGCUGAUCAACGCGGCGCUCGCGGUGUGGAUGUGUCAGAUCCUGGGGAUGACCUGGCUGUCGACCGUUAUCUGCGCGUUUGGGAUCUUUUUCAUUGGGGAGAUCCUGCCGCACUCUGUUGCGUCGCGGCACGGCCUGGCCAUCGCGUCCAAAACCAUCUGGGUAACCCGUCUUCUUAUGGUUCUCUCCUUCCCCGUCUCCUACCCCAUCAGUAAACUCCUAGACUUCAUCCUCCACCAGGAGAUCAGUAACUUUUAUACGCGGGAAAAACUCCUCGAGAUGCUGCGCGUGACCGACCCGUACCACGACCUGGUCAAAGAGGAGCUCAACAUCAUACAGGGCGCGCUCGAGCUCCGGACCAAGACCGUAGAAGAUGUUCUGACUCCGCUAACCGACUGCUUCAUGCUCACCUCGGAAGCAGUGCUGGACUUCAACACCAUGUCGGAGAUUAUGCAGAGUGGCUAUACGCGCAUCCCGGUGUUCGAAAACGUGCGGUCGAACAUUGUGGAUAUUCUGUUCGUGAAGGACUUGGCGUUCGUUGACCCGGAUGACUGUACCCAUCUGAAGACCAUAACACAGUUCUAUAAACACCCCAUGCACUGUGUGUUCAACGAUACCAAACUGGAUGCCAUGCUGGAGGAGUUCAAGAAGGGUAAGGAGGGGGAAUGUGAAAAAAGUAAGAUCACACAAGAAACUCUAGAAAAGUUAGUAUGAUUGUGUGUGUAUGUGUGUGUGUGUGUGUGUCCCCCCCCCCCCCUCUCUCUUUCUCUCUCUCCCUAUUGCCCUCUCUCACUCCCCCCCUCUCCCAUCUUGGCCAAGUCACUGGUUCAAGCUCCUAUUGUUCAUCUAAUUUCCAUAAACUACAACAGUUUACAUGUAGGGCCUACCAGUGUCAAUGUAAUCAUAUAAAGUAACUUCACUGAGAUUCUCUCUCUGGAAACAACCAUUGUCUGCUUAUAAGAGGUGCUGUGCUGUAGUGUGACUAACAGGGAUAUCCCAUCCUAGUGAUAGCCUACUACAAAGGGAAUAGGGUGUCAUUUGGAACACAAACUAGGAUAUAGCCUACAGCAAGGUCAUCUGGUCCUAGAUCUGAGCCUAUGCCCUACGGGUAAUUUCGCCCUCUCGGCGCUCUUCAGCGGGCUGAACCUCAGUCUGCUCGCGUUGGACCCGGUGGAGCUCCAGGUGAUAUGGGCACAGGAUGAGUCCCCUGUAGCUCAGUUGGUAGAUCAUGGUGCUUGCAAUGCCAGGGUUGUGGGUUCGAUUCCCACGGGGGACAAGUAUGAAAAAAAAUUAUGCACUCACUAACUGUAAGUCGCUCUGGAUAAGAGCGUCUGCUAAAUGACAAAAAUGUAAAUAGCAGGUAAGGUGGGUGUUUCUCCUGUUGACCAAUAGCAGGUAGCCAUGUUGUCUGUUUUUGGGGGAAGAAGGCAGUGUUAGCAUUUCUCAUGUUGUUGCAUGCAGAGGCUGUGCUAGAGAAUUACAUGAAGGACACCUUCAAUAGAUGAAUGUGUUUACACUGUCUCCACCCGUAUUCAUAAAGCAUCUCAGAGAAGUAGUGCUGAUCUUGGAUUAGUUUAGCCUUUUAGAUCACAUAAUGAAUUAGAUUAUAUGGACAAGAGGGACCUGAUCCUAGAUCAGCACUCAGUACAAUCCACACAGACUAAUAGAUAAACAAAACAGUGUGUGUGUGUGUGUGUGUGUGUGUGUGUGUGUGUGCGUGCGUGUGUGUGUG